CAGUCGCACUUUGUGUUUCGCGGCGGAUUGUUGUAACCCGGAACAAAAUGGACAACCGUAAACCUGGAAGUGUCGACAGAAAAUUUGCUUGAGUGCGAGCCGUGCAUAAUCUUCUCUCUUCUAUGUUUGAAAAUCAGAGCUCGAGAUCUUUUUACUGUGACCAUUAAUAGACGCGAGGGAACGCGGCUGUAAUAUUUGCGAAUGAUUCGUGCCAUCCAAGAUCUAAUAAGUUUCCCGCGCGUGUAACAAAUCCUAAAUCUAAUUGGCAGGUUCCGCUGGAGCCGACCAAUCUGCGCGGCGAUCGCGACUGACGUAACGCAUUGCGCGGGAUCUUCCUGAGCUGCGAUUGCAGUUGCCAUGCCUGUGCCAUGCGUCUGAUAGUGUUCAGUACGAACGAGAGCGAGCAGGAAAAACGGUGGUACAAUGCCUGUUGCGAUACGAGUGAAUCAGGCCAGCAUAACAGUGGAAUCUGUGGGAGUUAGUGACGUGCGAUUGUUGGCAAGUUGACCGCCCCGUUUUUUCGUAACAGCGGAUGUUGGGCUUAUCGAAACAAAGACGGUGUCAAUGAACGGGCGUCAGAUUCAACGAGCAGUUUGAUUUCUGAUGGCAAAACAAGAAUGGUACUGAAUGAGGGAAGCUCCAGCGGUGAAACGUGGAUACGUGAAAUUGAUGCGGCAGAAAGAGCAAAACAGAAAAAUGACCGCGCGUGGAAAUUCGUUCUUGAUCAAAUUUUCAUCGCCGGUGAUCGUCGAUCCGUCAAAGAGUGUGUCUAUCGCGGGGAAGGAAACGCAAACUUGGUGCUUGCACUGCCUUGUGAGCGGAAAGUGGUGCGGUUUCGGAAGUCUUUACCUGGCAAGGCCGAUCCGGAUGGAGGCGAGGCACGAACGAGACAGGAAAAUCAGUUUCUGAGAGUCGUAAUCUUACGAUUUCUUGGCGAAUACGUUCAACCCCCAGAAAUAAUUCGCGGCAGGCCGGAAGAUAUGGCGCUGCUGUCCGAAGCUAUACGCUCUCUGCGUCCAGAAAGUCGCCGCGGGAAAGACAUAGUCGAAGAGUAUGUCACCAAAUACGUAGAUUAUGCCUUUUUACCUGCCAAACUUACCGAUUCGCUGCAACACUACCAUUGCAGUCGACCUACUUUCUGCGUUGAAAUCAAACCUAAACAAGGAUUCAGGCACGAAUCGGACGAACAGUUCCAGAGGUGCACGUAUUGUCUUACGCAAUACUCCAAGAUGAACAGCGGAGUGAUUAAAUCUCGUAGUACUUACUGCCCGUUCGAUCUGUUCUCCGGCGAUGCGGAACGUAUGAAAAAAUCCAUUCAUGGUCUUCUGAAGUCUCCUCAAAACAAUCUCAGGAUUUUCAAAAAUGGCAACAUAAUCUAUGACUGUAAUAGUAAUCCAGAUGACUUGGAGUAUAUUUUAGGAGAAUGGUUCGUUGCCAGUAGAUAUCGAUCUAUGGAACAGUAUUUAAAAAUUUUCGUCAGACUCGUUAGCACUGCUUUAUUGAGAGAAUUCCAUCAUACCCCGAUGAACGAAUCAGCAUAUUGUCCAUUGGCUCGAAUAUCGUCACAGGAUUGUGACAAUGAGACACGAAUUGAACAAGAGCUCGUAGUGAAGGCGAAGAAACUCCUGUACUUAUCAGAUUACGAGUGCAAUUUCAUUGGCGGUGACCUCCUACCAGAUUCUGUCCUUGGACGAAUCCGUCGCAUGCAGCAAUUGCCGUAUUACAGUACCGACAUCGUAUAUAAAAUAUAUUUGAAGUAUAUACGAAUUUGGAACGAUAACUCGAUUUAUUCCAGUAUGAUAAGAAUGCACAGCAGCAAGAAGAACGAACUGCCUAUCAGAAUCGUAGAACUAUGUGAGAGAUGCGAGUCUGCACGGACAAAGGAUGCGUCAAGCGCUGCCUAUUCCUCUGUAAAUCCAUCCGAAAGUACAAAUACCUUGAAGCCGAAAAUUCCUGGCACAAAUGGAAAUAACAGCACUGCGUCGGCGGAUUUCCGAAGUAAUACACUUGAUCGAAAUCUAGACGAAACCGAAGGGGAGAUAAAUAUCGCAAUCACAAAUGACGAGUUGCGAGCUUUACAGAAUUAUCUCCUCGCAACAACUGCCAAGGAUUGCUCCAUUCUAAUGGCCUUCCAAGAAAUUGACUCCGCGUGCAUACCCAAUGUAGCGGAACCAAAUGUCGUGGAGACAGACCAGCUUAGUUUUUUGGUCAAUGUGGGUAUCCUGGACUUGGACCCGAAGUCCAUACACUGCAUUAAAAAACACCGGAAACGCGACAUAAACGUUCUUGUUUCUGUUACGAAAAUUUUAGAAAAAGAGGUUUAAUUGGUAAAUAAAUUAUUUUUCAGUACAGCGUAAUUCUACUAUCACGUUUUUUAAGCUGCGUUUCAUUCUAGUAGAUACCAAGAAAAUCAUGCUCUUCCUCGUAAAAUAAAAUCGAAACUUGUUCACGUGCACGUUUCAUUGGCACAAUUCAGUUGGGUGCAACAUAUAAACAAUUUUAAGAUCGUAAGCAGCAAUUGAUAGUAAAAAAAAAAAACUUAUCAGUUUUAAUUGAGUUGAAACUGAAAAGGUGUAAAGUGAGAGAAACUUGGUAAU